AUGUCGCGGAACACUGAGGCAUCCACUUCAAGCCACAAGGCUCACAUCGCCCCGGCCUUUGAUGCGCGACCCGGCCGCUCGCAUGCCAGAAGCUAUAGCAGGUCUAGUGCCCUCGGUCUACAGAGAACACACAGUUUGAGGGAGGCUUAUGAUGCGGACGCUGCUAGCCUAGAUGGCGAGCUCGGCUUAGCGUCGAUUUCGAGGCAAAAUUCCUACCAGGCAGCGAAAGCGAGCGUUCCUCGCACUGGCGGAAAGUCUGAUCCGCAGACCCAAGCUUCCUCAGAGCAGAGCGCUCAAUCACAGCGGCCUCGGGCAGCCUCACGUCUAUGGACACAAGGUGGGCGUGAGGACAUACCGGAGGGAGCAGUAGAGCACGACAAUCAGGACUUCGAAGCGACACAACAAGGCAGUGUACACGAAAAGCAUUCCAACACAGACGAAAAACAGCCACAAGACCCGAACCUUGUCACUUGGGACUCUCCGGAUUCGCAGGAAAAUCCACGCAACUGGCCACGAAAGCGGAAAUGGGCCAUCAUGGUGCUCGUCAGCUCCUUUACUUUCUUCUCGCCGCUGUCUUCCAGCAUGAUCGCUCCAGCGCUACCACUCAUCGCUCAGGAGCUCAACAUCACCAGCUCCAUCACUCAGAAUCUGGUUCUGUCGGUGUUCGUCCUUGCCUACGCAUUCGGUCCCCUUUUCCUCGGACCUCUCUCGGAAAUGUUUGGGCGGCGGCCGGUCAUUCAGCUCUCCAAUGUCUUCUUCAUUGCUUGGACAAUGGCAUGCGAGCUCACCGCCUUCCGAUUUCUGGCUGGUCUGGGAGGCUCUGCACCUCUGACGACGGGAGGCGGAACCGUUGGCGAUCUCUUCGUGCCCGAAGAGCGAGGCAAGGCGAUGGCUAUGUACUCGUUGGCUCCGUUGCUUGGCCCAGUCAUAGGCCCAAUCAUCGGCGCUGCUGUGACACAGUAUGUGGGCAGCUGGCGCUGGAUCUUCGGCAUCGCGACGAUUGUGUCGGCCACUCCAGCCAUCCUGGGCAUCUUCUUCCUGCGUGAGACGUACGCACCUCAGAUCCUAGCCGCCAAAUGUGCUCGCUUGCGAAAAGAGACAGGCAACGACAAGCUACAUACAGCCUUCCAGAUUGGCGCUCUCUCAUGGCGGGCUCGCUUCAGGGUCAACCUAUCGCGCCCUUUCAUUCUCCUGACGACUCAACCAAUCAUCCUCGUCCUCGCGACCUACAUGAGUCUCAUCUACGGGACAAUGUAUCUCUUGUUGACCGAGUUCAACUCGAUCUUCAUAGAGCAGUAUAACGAGAGCACCUUCAUCGCCUCUCUCAAUUAUAUCAGCUUAGGAUUUGGCUUUACAACUGGCGGUCAGGUUGGUGGUCGGGUCAUUGACAUCAUCUACAGACGCCUCAAGGCAAGAAACGGAGGCGUCGGGACACCUGAGCACAAAUUGCCCGUCAUGUUCGUGGGUGCCUGGUUCAUCCCGAUUGGUCUGAUUCUCUUCGGCUUCACGGUGCAGUACAAAGUCUUCUGGCUGGUACCCAACAUCGGUGCUUUCAUCUUCGGCUGUGGGAUGAUGAGUGUCUUCCUCUGCUUGCAGAACUACACAGUCGACUUCUACAACGUCUUCGCUGCGUCGGCUCUUUCCGCAGUUGGUCUCUGCCGCUCACUCUGUGGCUUCGGUCUGCCUCUAGCUGCUCCCAGCCUCUUUGACAGACUAGGCUAUGACUACGGCACUCUGCUUUUGGCAGCCAUUACGGCUGUUCUGGGCAUUCCCGCUCCGUUCUUGUUCUACAGAUUCGGACCUUGGCUGAGGCAGCGUUCUACCUACGCAUCCACUGCUUAG